AUGGGAGCUAGACUAUCUGAAAAUCUACCUAGAAAUCCUCAUGCAAAACAUUUAAUCCUAAUAUAUUUCUGCGGAAUCAGAUCUUAUGAAGGGGAAGCUCAUGACAUGGUUUCAAAGUUAAACAAAAAGUUUCCCGGAGUAUUUAACUUCGAAGUCAGUAGGGAUGAAGGGUUCACUAAUAGGCUUGAGUGCAUUGUCAGAUUUGACUACACGAAAUCAAAGAAGCAAAAAGAUAUGCUUAUCCACAGCAAGAAAGCUGGAAUGGGCCAACCAAGUGAUAAUUGGAAUGGUUUUCUCGAUAGGGCAAAGGAGGCCUUGUUCAAUUAUCAUUUGCUACAAUAACAAUGA